AGUUCAGUUGCUCGCUCGCAUUCGUUGGGUUCGGCCAGUGAGAAAACCAAACCCCAAAGUCUAUCAAUCUCUUCCGCCUUGCUCGUUGUAGCAAAAGGGAAGAAAGACAGUUCGUGCCCGGAAAAUUCUAGCUCUGAUGAUCUUAAAAUCUGUGUCAAUCCGCGUCGAAGCAGUGAUUUAAUAAGAAAUACGGUCGAUCGGAUUCCGAUUAAACGGGAAAAUUCAGAAAAGGAUUAUCACAGGAGUGAGUAGCGGCCUCAGAGAAACAAAGUCUCCCACGGAGGAAAUUUGUUGUUGGCCGUACGUUUCUUGUGGCGAUUUUGUUGAAGAGAAGCAAACAAGGGAAAAAGUUCAGCUAGCUGAUGCUGUAUCCUACAGCGAAUUUGUUCAGCAUUUCUUAAAGCAUUGGUGUCCCCUUGAAUUUUAUCUGUGGCGCGUAGUAGUAGGCGCAGAACAACAAGAAGUGAAUAAAGAACAGGCCAACUGAGAUUGUAGAUUGUGUCGCCCUUCUGUGAUAAAACCGGAAGUGGAACCCCCAAUGUUGACGAUCGAUGAGAACUUGACCUGUUAAAGUGAAGGAAAACAUCCUUUCUCCUGCUCUUAGAGGUUUUUUUUAUCAGACACAGGAUACAACAGUGUGUUGGUUAAAAUUAGACAGAAGGCAAUCGCCAAACUACGCCUAAAACAGAUAAAGCAAAAGGGAAGGAUAAAAACGAAAACGGGAAUUUUCCUUCUGUUUUCAACUUCUAAGCUAAGCCAUCUGUUUGAUCCUUUCUCUGCACUAUUGAAACAGCUCUUUCAACUCGAUUUGAAAGAAGGAACAAAUUUCUUGAAUCGAAACGGCCUGCUUCGCUUCAAUUGAAUGUUUAGGGGAGAAAGGCCCUCUAGAUCUGUUUAUGUUUAGAAGUUCUCAGCUGUAGCGAAGUGAUUCGAAGUUCAGCCACGCCUGGAUGAAGGAGGCGCUGGAGUCGUGACAGUGUUUCUAGAAAGAAAAAUAUUAACAGCAACAACAACCAGAGAACAACUCACAGCAGAGCACUAUGUGAUCCAAAAUAAGAAUAAAAGAUAAACGAAACCAAAAAGUGUUACAAAAUCAAAAGUGUUGCAAAAAUUGAAAAAAAAUAAAAUAAAAGAAUUCAACAGGAGUGAAUAAACAAGUGUUGGUGCCGAGGUUCUGCACAAUUGGCAAGAAGAUCCGAUCAAUCUUGUAGAAUUUGUUGGGUGGCUACGGCUUUAUUAUUGUUUUUUUAUUUGUGAUUAUUGGUGCGUGCGUGCGUGUAGGGGAGCAGUAAAUUGUGCACGAGCACACGUAUUGGUGCUACAUUAGAUGCUAACCACAGCAAUGGAUAACAAAGAGAAUGUUUUCAGCGCGGCCCGCGAUGGCAAUCUGGUCGUUCUAAAGCGCUACAUCAGCGGCCGACCCCAGAAUGAGAUCGAGAUGCUGGUGACGGCAAAAACCGGCGGCUCCACUCCACUGCUGAUUGCCUGCCGGAAUGGUCACUUCGAUGUGGUACAGUAUCUGAUCAAAAGGUGCCACGCCGACGUCGAACAGCCAGGAUCAGUGAUAUUCGACGGCGAAACGAUAGAGGGCGCUCCGCCCCUUUGGUGCGCCUCGGCCGCCGGCCACACCAGCAUAGUGAAGCUUCUAGUCCAGCACGGUGCCAAAGUGAACAGUACAACCAAGACCAACAGCACACCCCUGCGGGCGGCCUGCUUCGAUGGCCACUACGAGAUCGUCAAAUACCUCGUCUCACAUGGUGCCGAUAUUGAAGUCGCAAACCGCCACGGUCACACCUGCCUGAUGAUCGCGUGCUACAAAGGCCACUACAAAAUUGCCCAGUAUCUGCUCUCGCUCAAAGCGGACGUAAAUCGGCGUAGCGUGAAAGGCAACACUGCUCUGCACGAUUGCGCCGAGUCCGGAUCGUUGGAGAUUCUGCAGCUGCUACUACAACACGGUGCCACGAUGGAUGUGGAUUCAUACGGGAUGACGCCACUGCUGGCUGCCAGCGUCACAGGACACCUGCCGAUCGUGGAACACCUCAUUAGUUUACCCUUCGUCAAACGGGAAGACCGGAUAGCUGCCCUAGAACUGCUCGGUGCCACCUACGUCGACAAGAAACGGGACAUGCUCGGUGCCCUAUCCUUCUGGAAACGUGCCAUGGAAGAUCGAUACAGCAAUAGCCCGGUGCUGCCGAAAACGGUGCGUGAACCCGAACCCGCUUACGACUUCGCCCAGGAGGUGAACGACCCUAACGCCCUUGACGAACUGGUGAUGGAUCCGGACGAGAUGCGUAUGCAGGCGUUGCUCAUACGUGAACGGAUACUCGGCCCGGUCCAUCCCGACACCAGCUACUACAUCCGCUUCCGGGGCGCCGUAUACGCCGACUCAGGUCGCUUCGACCGGUGCAUAGAGUUGUGGACGUACGCCCUGUCCAUGCAGCAGAAUAUCCUGGAACCCCUCAAUCCGAUGACCCAAUCCUCGCUGCUCUCGUUCGCCGAGCUGUUCAGCUUCAUGCUCGGAGAGGCGGGCCGACCGGUGACCCGAGGCCGUGUUGUCCCACCCAUCGAAACCUCCGACAUGUUGGUCAUCUUCAAGAAAUCGAUCCGCGAAGUACAGUACGGACAAAAGAUGCUGGACCAGAUGCCGACCCAGGAACGGGACAGCACCGCCCUCAAUCGAGCGCUCGUCAUUUCCCUGCACCUCGCCUGUCUGCUCGCUCGCUUGCUCGACGAGGAAGACGAAAUUUGCUGCCCCACCAUGAAGCACCAGAUCCUGCGUGCUUUCUACGAAUUAGUCAGUUUAAAAAUCGUAGUGAAAUCGGGUCGGACGGCGCUGCAUCUAGCGUGCUACAAGGAGGCGGCCCUGGUGGGGCGUUAUCCUGCCUGCCAGCUGCCAUCGCCACGGCUCGCCAAGGCCCUGCUGCAGGUCGGUGCCGAUCCCAAUGCACAGGAUGAAGCCGGAAAUACGCCGCUGCAUUUAGCCGCCCUGACGAGGCCGUGCCCGGCCAGCCUGGCCCAGACGCUACUGGAGUAUGGGGCGCAUUUGGACACCAAAAACCUGGACGGCGACACGUUCGAGACGCUGUUGCAGAACCAACGGUUGCACGAGUUGGUCAACCCAGUCCGGUACACCCGGCUGUCCUGUCUGGCCGCCCGAGUCAUCCAGCGGCACCGGAUCCCAUAUCACCGGGAGGUGCCCCGGUGCCUGUACGAGUUCAUCGAUUCCCACUAAGACGGGUGCUUUCGUUUUCCUUUUUUUUUCGGUUCAGUUCUUCUUCAGUUCAUUAACUCUAGCUAGUAGGUACUUCGGUUCAGUUUAGUCAGAAGCUGAAGAGCGUGGAGAAAGCUUUAGCUUUAGUUCAUCAUCCCCGUGUGUGUUCGGCCGCGGCAUUUUUUUAAAUCACAAAAUACACACAUUACAGUACAGUACUAGAAGUAGUAGAAAACACACACCUGUACUAGGUUUAGUUCCGUGCUUGGAGCAAUUACUGAGCUGCCAUUUUUUGGAAGGGUAAGAUCAACUUCUGUCCUUUGGGGGAAGAGAGAUUCUGCCUGGAAAGUUUUUUUGGGAACCCAACUAUUAAUAACACCAGCUAAGAGGAUAUCAGCUACCGAUUUGAGCGAGCAAUUCAAAACGGGUUAGAGUGAUUAGUUGGUCGAGAGUAAUCCCUUGACAAAAUUUUUUUUUUGGAGUCGAAAUUGCAGAGUUACACGAAAGACAAGCGCUCACAGCUUUAGCCAAGAAGGUUCCAUUCCUUAGCCAAUGGGGCAGUUCGAUUGACGGAGCGUGUUUCGGUUUUGGUUUUAAGACUACUUCUGGCUUCGUCGAAAAUUGCAGGCAGUUCUUCCUUUGUCCCAAAAAUGAGAAUGUUCCUCGACCCUUCCGGUCUCUAAAGUUAGUUAGGUGAAAACACAAUCAGUUGUUGAUUUGUGACUACAGUGUGAGAGAGAUUUGCGUAAGUGCUUUUCAAACGCCCCGUAUUCUUGUGAUUAAAAUAUUUCAUACCCUAUUAGUUUGAGUGCUGAGAAUGCCUAAAUUUCACACCUUCGAAAUAGAGAGAGAUUAAGAGAUUGCAAAACAUGCGAAACAAGCGGUGAUAGAUUAGUAAUCAAUAGGUGGAUAAGUUUUUAAAAACAACAAAACACACCCUAGUAUUAAGGUACACACAACUAUUAUGUUUGUUCGAUGACUCCUUCAGUGCUCAGUCAAAGUCCACUCAAGAGUAGCGUCAAAACGCAAUGAAUUUCUCAGUCAGUGUGUCGAACGAUCGAUCUAGGUUUGAGCGUAUCGCUGAAAGUAUUGGAAGCUACUCUGUUUACUAAACGUUUAAGCUACAGAUUUCUCUCACCAUGUAACUCCCCUCGAAGAAAGUAGGACUGUGAAGCAAACACAAAAAAUCGAAAAUUGUAAAAAGCCACCCCUGGAAGAAUAAAAUUAAAAAAAAAAAACAGUCGGAUCACUUGUGCUAAUCCAAAAGUCAUUGGAGCGUUUUUUUCUAUCUCUCGUAGACCAAUAAUUGAAGUAGCCACUCGAGGGGGAGACGCAGAGAUCGAUGUCGUUCAUUAGAAAAUGUUGCAAAAAUCAAUCCACCACUAAGAUAGGAAAAAUGAAACAAUAGAUUACACGUUACAAUCGCCUAAUCCUACAUGUAGUAGUACCUAAAUAUCAAAUCAAUCGUAACUUCAUUUCAUUAGCAGAAGAUUUUUAACUGUUAGAAAAUCGUGGCUCUUCAUAAUUAAUGAAAACGUGUUCUCAACGUGAUAUCACUUGAAUAGGUGAAUAGGAGAAACGUCUUUUCGCAAAACGUGUUCGGAUCAAACAAAUCUUACUAUCGAAUAAUCACCACCCACCCACAUAAUAUUGUUGAAUCGUUUUGGGUGUUCCAUAUCAUCUGCUGACAAAUCAAUUACUAGCCCCCCACAACAACAAAAAACACGACGACGCAGAGCAUAAAGAAACCCGCGGAUGUGACGGGUUUUUAGAAUUUAAUCGUUUAAGAGCUACCCCCCAUCCCAUAUUAACACGUUCGUCGCCCAAAAAAAAUCUCAGAGCAUGAAAGUAAAGCGAGAGAGCUUCAGAUUUACAACGCGUGGCAGAACUGAGCGGCAACCUUGCUUAAGAGAGCCGUCACCCAUAUAUGGGUGACGUGGCGACGAACGUGUUAAUGGAACAAACAACAGUGUAGUUGAAAAGUAUAAGAUUAUCGAUUGAAUCAACCCCCUUAGGCGACAAGUAGCAAAUUUGAAAUCAUUCAAAAACGAUCCUCCUUUUCUUCUAGAAUGUUCUAUCGAAAAUUUGAUUGACAUUGAACAGGAGGAAAAAGAACAACUUAAAUGUUUCCCGUGCGCGUUGAUGGAAGUUCGUUCAUUGUUGUAUUAUCUAAAAUGGAAAAGGAUCGCUUCAUUCGAUGCUGAAAGUAGGAUAGCUUAAACGGAAAGAAACGCAGACGCCCUUUUCUAAGGGAUUGUUAGUUGUGGUGGCGCCCAGUUUAGUUGGGAGUAUGGGCAGGAAGGAGGACACUUAUAGGUAUAUUUACGCGAAGUGUUGAUCAGUGUGAACGAAGAUUGAUAAAAAUCAUGAUAAUGGAAAACAGGAACAAACAUGUGGCUCUAUUACGAUAAUGUACCCCCUACUAUUACCUACUAUUACAACAAACUACAACCGCUACUACUAUCCUCUAAAUAGUGGAAAAUAUUAUUAUUAUUAUAUACAACAAUUUGAAGCGAAACACAUAAAACAAGAAAAAUAAAAA